AUGUCUCUCAAGCCCAUCACGCUCUAUGGCCAUGGCCCCGGCCCCAACCCAUGGAAAGUGGUCAUGAUCUUAGAGGAGCUGAACAUUCCCUACACCCACAACAUCAUCAACUUCCCCGAGAUGAAAAAAGAAGCUUUCGAGUCCAUCAACCCCAAUGGCCGCGUCCCCGCAAUUCAAGACCCCAACACCGACAUCACACUCUGGGAAUCCGGCGCGAUUGUCGAAUACCUCGUUGACACAUAUGACAAGACAAACACCAUCAGCUUUGCCCCUGGCUCCAAGGAUUACUACCUCGCCAAGCAAUGGCUCCAUUUCCAGGUAUCCGGUCAAGGCCCAUACUUCGGCCAGGCCGUUUGGUUCAACAGCUUCCACUCAGAGGAGCUGCCAAGUGCCGUUAAACGCUACGUCAAGGAAAUCUGCCGUGUCUCCGGUGUGUUGAACCGUGUUCUUCAGGAGAAGCAAUAUCUCGUCGGCGACAAGUUCUCUUAUGUCGAUGCUGCUUUCGCUCCAUGGUAUCUCCUGAUAGGUCCAUUUGAGAUUGAUAUGGAAAAGAGGUUCCCCAACGUCGUUGCUUGGUUGAAGCGGGUGCAUGAUCGUCCUGCUAUUUCUAAGACGAUCAUGGACCGGGCUCUGGCUUGUACACAGCGCUAG